AAAAUUUUGAUUUUGAUAUCCUUAGCCGCGUGUGUUCCAAAACUCUUUAGGGUUUUCCUUUAGAUAAAAAUUAUAAAACAAAGAAGAGAAUUUUGAAGUUUUGAUCCUCUUCAACACUAUCCUCCUCUUCAUUCUGCAACACACCCAGAGAAACACUCUCACACUGUUCCAAUCAAUGUCCAAAUUGUUUCUAUGCCCACCGAAUGUUGUUUAGGGUUCAUCAAAACAAACCCUAAUUUCGACCCUCUUUCUCAAAAACACUCUUCGUUCCCAAUUUCACUCAGAUUCAAAUGCUGCACCGCAACACCAACAACAACAAUAACAAUAACAGCAUCAGAAUCAAAAUCAAAAUCAAAAUCAGACAGGUACCCAUUCCCUGUAUCAUAUCUCAUCAACAAUUUCGAUUUCUCACCUGAAUCAGCUCUCAAAUAUUUCAACAACGGCCAUCUUGGUUUCAAUACCGUUGAAAAACCUAAUUCAGUUAUCAACUUCUUUCUUAACAAUGGAUUUUCACAUUCCGACAUACGCAUCAUCAUCAGAAAAUCACCAUCGUUACUUUCAUCAAGACCCCAUAAAAGGUUAUUGCCAAAGUUUGAAUUUUUUCUAUCCAAAGGUGUUUCUUCAUCUGAUUUUGUUCCAUUGUUAACUGCAAACCCUCAAAUUUUACGAAGUAGCUUGGAGAACCGAAUAAUCCCUCUUUUUGAAUUAUUAAGUAAGUUCUUGAAAACCAACAAGGAUAUCAUUGCUUGCUUAAUUAUAUGUUCGCAAUUAUCGGCUCAUCCCUGUGAACGUAUUGUGGCUAAUAUCAAUUUGUUGACUGAUUUUGGAGUUUGUAAUUCUGCCAUUGCAAGAUUGUUUAAAACAAGGCCGUCUAUAUUUGGUUCAACUGAUUUGAUUAAGUCUUUGGAGGAAGUUAAGGGUUUAGGGUUUGAUCCUUCAGUGAUUAAUUUUGGGAUAGCUUUGAUGGCCAAGAAAGGUAUGAGUGAAAAACUUUGGGAUGAGAAAGUUGAUACCUUCAAGAAAUGGGGUUGGUCUGAUGAAGUUGUUUCUCGUGCAUUUAGGUCACAUCCUGCUGUUAUGUUGGUUUCAAUUGAUAAGAUUAAUUUGGUGAUGAGUUUUUGGGUUAAUCAAUUGGGUUGGAAUUCCUUGGCAAUUACUAAAAAGCCACUUGUUUUAAGUUAUAGUUUGGAGAAAAGGAUCAUUCCAAGGGCAUUAGUUCUGCAAUAUCUUCUGAUGAAAGGUUUGAGAAAAAAGGAUGCAAGCUUAGUUAACCCAUUUAAUUAUACUGAGGAUUUGUUUUUGGACAAGUUUGUUUUCUCCUUUAAAGAGGAAUCUGAUUAUCUAUUAAAGCUAUAUGAGGAAAAAAUGAAACUUGCAAAUACAAAGGAGAAAAAGGGCAUGCCAUCCACCACAUGAGUAACGGUUUAAUCUUGUUCUUUUGUAAUUUAAUGUUAGCUUUGUUCCUUCUCUGAUUUGAAGUAUUUAUUAUGACUAGGAGGGUUAGUUUUGUUGGCUUGAUUCAUUUGCCAACUUGAACUCCUGUUAAUAUUUUUUUAUCUAUCAUCAAUUUUAGAUAUAAUGUUGAUGUUCAGGUCUUGCAUUUAGUACAGUUUCUUAUUAUCUAGAAUCUAGUUAAUGUGAAGCUCAAAUGGCCUUGCAUUUGGUCAGGGAAUGUUUUUCUCAUACACACUAAAUUAAAGAAGAAAAUAAUUUUGUUGCUA